CACACAAUAUUCGAGAAUUGAAAAUUAUAUCGGACUUAUUUUACUCUACUUAGUAUACUUGACUUCAUUAUUUUAUGUAAUUAAAUUACAAAGUUUUACCAUUAAAUAUAGAUAAUACUCUACCUAUAUAGUAGGAAUAUUUAGUUAUUUUAUAAAAACAAACGGUAAAUUGCUUAUACUAUAAAUAUUGGUAUUGACUCUAACAUCAUUAAACUGUUUCAACCUAUACUCAUCACUUACAUCAAAUUUUCAUUGAUUAUAAUUUAUAAUUUUUCAGGUCAUGCAUUCAAGAUUCUUUACCAGGAAUAGCGCACAGAGUUUUUAGAAAAACUGCCCAGAACAACAAGCUGUGUUUAUAUUUGGGCAAUAGAGACGUAGUGGUGUCCAAUAAUUCGUCCACAAAAAUACACGGAAUCGUAUUAGUGGAACCAGAUCUAUUGAGGGAUACAAAGAAAAAAGUGUUCGGGCAAAUAACAUUAACUUUCCGGUAUGGAAGAGAAGAUGAGGAAGUAAUGGGAUUGAAAUUCUGUAACGAAGCAAUCAUGUGUUUAGCGCAAAUUUAUCCACCUCACGAAAAUGCACAACGUGAACAAAAUACACCGUUACAGGAAAUGUUAAUACAAAGACUGGGAAGCAAUGCUCAUGCGUUUUCAAUGGAAAUAACUCAUUUAGCUCCACCUAGCGUCCAAUUAGUUCCUGCCAAAGAAUACAACGGCGCUCCAAUAGGAACUAGUUACGAUAUACGAGUAUACAUAGCCGAAAGGGCAGACGAAAAGUUACAGCGAAAAAAUAUCGUAAAAAUGGGUAUCAAAGUAGUGCAAAUGGCUUCAGCGCCACCACCGCCCACGCCUACGCCCAGAUCAGAGCAGCCAAAAGGUUGGCGUCAAAGAGGACCGCAAGCUACUUCAGAGAAACCGUUUUUACUUAGCGACGGUAAAGUUACCUUAGAGGCAAACCUAGACAAAGCUAUUUAUACACACGGUGAUCCAAUUCACGUUAACAUCAGCGUGAAGAACACAAGUAAAAAAGCUGUCAGACGAAUAAAGGUGUUCAUUGUACAGCACGUCGACGUAUGCAUGUUCAGCAAUGGUAAAUUUAAGAACACAGUUGCAUCAGAUGAAUGUGCCGAUGUACCGAUACCCGGAAAUGGUGGUUCACUCGAAAAAGAAUACCUGCUGCACCCUAUCAAGGCGAGAACCAAAAAUUGGAUCGCACUUGAGGACUCGCUGGGGUCUGCCGUAAACAAGUCGGAGGGCACGUUAUCUAGCACUGUGGUGUGCGUGUCGCCAGAAGACAGAAACGUAUUUGCAAUUUACGUCACGUAUUACGUAAAAGUCAAGCUUUUAAUAGGCGCCAUGGGUGGUCAGAUGUCACUCAAAUUACCAUUUACUUUGAUGCACACGCCUUCAAAUACUUACCCGGCAGAAUGCAAGGAUUCUUCAUGUGCGUCAUUGGGACCCUGUCUAAUGGUGGACAGUAAAGAAGCAGCAAUGACAUCAGACGAACAAUGCACCAACAACUUAGCACUCUGAGGAUUAAUCGAAUCGGCCGAUAAUCGACAUAUUCGUUCGACACCAACAACAGCCACGGCCGAUCAAAAUGCCGAAGAUCAUCAUGAAGACAACCGUUUUAAAUUUAAAAGAAUUUUAUGCUGUUUUAACAACAACAGAUAGUGUAGGGGGACCAACUACAAAAAAGUUUUAUUGUUAUUUUUUAUACUACAUAAAAUAGAUUGUACAUAGUAGUAGGUACCUCUAUUCGAGUAAGUAAAAAACUAUGAUUGUAUAAUAGUUAAAAUAUAUAAUUAGAAAACAAUAUAAAACUUAUCAAAUUCAAUAUAAGCCCAAAAUAAUUUACAGUUUUUAGGAUAUUAUAAUAUUAUGUCUUCUUCAUUAUAACGUCUGAGGUUGUUAAUUUGAAUAAUAAAAUCUCAGAAAACUAAAGAACAUUUUACCAAUACCAAUAACCAGGCUGAUUUCUUGCAGGGUAGAGUAAUUUUACGAUUUAAAAACUGUACAGUAUUAUUCUAGACAAGCCGUAUUCUAAAAUCCAAUGGAGCUCAAUAAUCUACUUAAUGCUUCUAUUAAAAUGAUGUUUUCAAGUCGUGUUUAAAAAAAUAAAAAUAAGCACAGCUUAAAAUAACCAAUUAAAAAUUAAAAACACUGAAUACACAUUUAAGCUUAUAAUAAUUUCAGUUUGAUUGUAUACAUUAGUUGAGUUUCACAUAUGUAAAUUGAUGUUGUCUUUGAAAAUAAAAUAUAUUAUUUGUGUUCAUAAAUAAAGUCAAUUCUAUAAGAAGUCAUGCAUUGAUGAUUAUUGAAUAUCAUAAUAUAAAGGGAAAAUGGCAUUAACUAUACAUCAUUUUUCUACAGAAAAAUUAAAAAAGGUACAAAUAAUAUGAGAUAUUAACAUAACAAUAAUUAUCAGCGAUUUAUAUCAUUUAAAAAUUCAAAAACUUAAAUUAAAAAAAUUGUUCAAAUAAAUAGAUAUUUAUUUGUAAUUCCUCUCAAUACCAGAACAAUGUUGUAUGCUCCAAUAAAAAAUCAUUUUACAGAAAUCAAAAAAAUAUAUAUAUAAUAAAUAGAUAAAAAGUAUCACCUAUCACAGAAUAAACUUAAUACUUCAUUGUUAAUAAUAUAAUUCAUAUUAAAAUAUUAUGUAUAUUCAUUGGGUUGGAUAAUAUUUUGAUCCGUUUUUUACCACAGAACUAAUUUUAUAACAAAUUAACUUAAAACAAUUUUAUUUGAUUGCCAUGAUUGCAAUAAUUAGGAGAUUGAAAAUUCCAUUCUUCAUCUGUCAAUUAGUUAGUAGUAAAAGUAGUUAAAAGUACUACUAAACAACAUUAUACAAAUAUUAUUUUAAUCUAAUUAUAAAUAUAUCACAUACGAUUCACCAAGCUACUCAUUCCCUUUUUUCCUUCAAUAAUGUAGUUAUUUAUAAUAUGAAUUUUUGCAUUUUUGAAUACACUGAUUUGUUUGUAUUACUUAAGGAUUUAAAGGAAACAUAGAGAUGAGAAUGCUUGAGGAAUCAUCCUGUAUAAGAAUAGUUAAUCAAAACAAGAUAUACUUUAAAAUACCUAUGGUUAAUAAAUACUCGCAUUAUAAUUAUUUAAGUUUAACUCCUACGGUUACAUUUAAGUUAUACUUUUUAAUUACUUUUAUUUAUUUAAAAUACUAAUUUUCAUAGACUUCAUAACUGUCAAAACCUAUUUUCAAACAAGUAUUUUACUAGAUUUAUGUUAAUAUUAUGUUAAGAAACUCAUACAAUCAAAUAAAUCAUUGUGACAUUUUGUAAAGUUUAAUACAUGGUUAAGAAUUUAGUUAGUUAGAAUAUGUAUGGAGACAUUUUAGAAAUGAAUUUUUUUUUUUUUGACAAAUUAAUUUAUAAUUUUAAAAAUGUUGUUAUUGCGAUCACGCAAUUAGGGGGACUAAUCUUGUACAACUGAAAAUGAUAGUUUAAUAUUUCAAGGAGUACAUUAUUUAUUUCUCUUCGUAAAUUGUUUAUAAUGUAGAUAAUACUUAACAUUUUUGUUGUUAAAUCAUUUAGUGAUUUUAAUUAUAGCCGUAAGUAUUCAAUAAAAAUUAAUUUCAGUAAAAUCAUUGAUACCUGGAGAAAUUACUCAUGUAUGAUUGGUAUAAUGACUACCUAAUACAAGUAUAACCUUAAAGGUAUUAACUGAGAAUUUAAUUAAAAUUUAGAUUUACAACCUCAAAAUGAUUUCAACAUUAAUUAUUUGGUAAAUUGUUACUAAACUGUAAAUAAAUUGAAUUGUUGAUGCUUAAUCAUUAUUGAAAUUAGAUGUAUUUUAAUUAUUGUAAAGCCUAAGAUUUAUCAGGUUUAAAAGUUAAUAAAUGUUGUGUUAAAAUGUUUAAGCAACUAAAUUGUUACAAUAAAAGUGUCUUAGGUUAACUCAUACAUAAGUUUACAAAUACCUUAAUACAUUUUGCAAUAGUUUUAUAUAAUCAACAAGUUUUGUAAAAUGUAUGGAUUUAACUUUUUAAGCCAAUGUACAUAUCAGAAUAUUUUAUAAAUGCUAUGUAAGUGUAUAUUUUUAAUGGCAUAAUCAAAAGGUCAAGUCUCACAUGUUGCGAUUAAAUAUUUAAAAAAUGUAAUUAUUGAGUAUAAAUUAUUUUAAUAAAAAGCUUAAAAGUUUAUAUUACAAAGAUAUUCCAGAAAAAAAAUUGUUUUCAUCAACUUCUUUACAACAAAAUCAAUGAAUUACCUUUAACACAUUAGUUGUUUUUUCAACAAAUAAAUAAUUAUUUUAUUCAAAUUUAGUUAGAUAAUAAUAAAACUAAUAUAUCUUUUAAUUUGAAAACUAUUUAAUACUAUUUAAAUGGUACAUGUACUGAAGAGACUAGACCUUUUAACAUUUAUAUAUUAAAUUUGUUAAUAUAUAUUAUAUAAUUGUGUUUAAAUAUAAAAGAUUUUUACACGCACUUAUAAAAUAAUAUUUUGUUCUUUCAUUGCAAUGCUUUUUUAAAUCAUUAUAUCAAGACAUCAAGUUCCCAAUAGUAACAUAGAUUAAUUAUUAAUUAUUAAAAUGUAUAGAUUUUAUAAGAUCCUGAGUAAAUCAAUGUAACCAAAACAGCUGCAAAAUCUUGGUAUGUGAGGUACGUAUUUUGUAAAGGACUUUGGAUAUGAACUUAUCCAAAACUUACUCUAUGACUUAAGAAAUCAAACCUAAGAAAAACCAUGAAUUGAAAAAAUGAAAACUAUACUGUGAUUAAUUAUUUGUAAGUCUUGAUAACUAUCAGUAUUUUAAAAAACGUUGAAAACAAAACAUAUCGGGUUGUUAUUAAAAAACUUAAACGUCAGUCAAGCCACUAACAAAUUACUAGAUCAGGGAUUCCCAACAGCCAUACCGCGGCGCAUAAGUGUGCCGCAAAAUUAUUUAGGUGUGCCGUGUAAUUUUUGUCUUACGUUGUAAUUGUGUAAUAGAAAUCUCCUAAAAAUAAAAAUUGAUAAAAUGUCCACAUGGAAAGACACAGCACUAACUAUACAUUAGAAUAUUAGAUAGUUCCCGAUCCAACAUUUUCAAAAUAAACGAUGGGCAAAUCCAAUAUUAAAGAACUACAACAACUUAUAAUUGAGCAUCUUAUAUUACUCGAAGAAAAAAUCUAACAUUAUUUUCCUUUCUUGACAACAUCUGCAGAUUGGGUCGUGUUGCCAUUUGAUUUUACAGACAAUAUGAAUGAAAUUGAUCUUACUAAUGACGAAAAGAAUGAAUUCAUUGAUAUGUGUUCUAGUUCUACUAUCCGAAUAUUAUUUAAUAGUCAGAAAAGUAACAUAGAUUCCUUCUGGUUAAAUUUAGCUUCAGAAUAUCCAUCUAUUUCUCAGAAAGCGAUACUAUUGUUAUUACCAUUUUCUACAUCAUAUCUUGGUGAACAGGCAUUUUUUGCUCUGAA